UCACUGAAAAUCACUCUCUCUCACACCCACACACACACACACACACACACACCGAGUCAACUGCACAGCAGCGGAGGAGCAGAGCUCAGCAUCCUCACACACACACGACCAAGUCUCCUCGUCCAAGGAAUCUGCAGUCAUGAAUGUAGGGAUCUGUGUGUGUAUUCUCCUGGCUGCUCUGACCAGCGGCGCCCUGAGUCUGCCCUCACACUCCCUGUCGGAGAAAGCUGAGGGUGAGGCUGUGAUGUCGGACAGCCUACCUCCCCCAUCGCCCAACCACACACGCCAAACUCGCUCAGCUGCAGCGCCCCCUUCAGAGCAGCUCUCCAACUACAACCAACGCCAGGACAACGCAGACCCUAGAAAAAGCCUGAGCCAGCUGCUGGCCCGACUGAUCUCCAGGAAAGGCGCCCCCUACCAGACCAGAUCCUCCCUCACAAGCAGAGCCAGCGCUCUGUCCCCAAGCCACCGGAUAAAGGACAGAGAUUAUCACGGAUGGAUGGACUUUGGAAGACGCAGUGCAGAGGAGUACGAAUACUCCUCCUAAGGGAGAUAUAGCCCCCGAAACAACCAAUAAAAGCUCGGCAAAAAUAAUGAGCCCUUCUCACACUGCACUUAUUGUAACCCAGGGCCGACGUGAUCGUAGAAACAGUUUAUCAUCAAACAAUAAACCCAGAGCAAAGUCAUUUACCAAAAAGGGCACCACGCAAUCAGUACAUACCCCACAGCUGAAGUAUUGACGUAUUCCACGUUUCACAGAAUGAUGGUUAAACCUUAAAUGUAACGGACGAGGCAGAUAGUAUUCUGUAUUUUUGAUAUUGUCAGCAAUUUCUAUGAAAAGACCAAACCCUCCCCUUCCCCCCAAAAAAAAUGUGUGUCGUGACGUCUGCGGCGCUCAGCUCUCCUGAACGCCUCCUGAUUCAAACCAAACAGAUAAACAUGUUCCUUUUUUUGAUUUCUGUACAUUCAUUUGUUGGAGUUGAUUUUCAGCAGUGGAUUGAAACAGAAUCUGGUAUUUACAGCUACAGUGUAUAUGUGUCAAAAUAAAGUAGGAGAUUUCACUCAA